CAAUGAUGUGUUUAUCCAUAAUUGAUCCUUAAAAAACAAAGAAAAUUAACCAACAUGGCAAUGGAAUCCUCUCUUAUUAAUCUUAGAUUCAGCAUCCACGGCCCAGAUCACACCCAGACAAGACAAGCUGAAAUUUACCCACACGCAAACGCCCAACAAUCAUACAAUUUCAAGAAAGCAAACACAGCCCACAUAUCCAUUCACAUCAUCAUUCAUUUCUGCUUGAUUUGGAAAGUCAGCAUUGGGUGGGAGAAUAUUUCUGUAGUUCACCGCUCUCCCAGAGUCCUGAACUCCUGAUACCGGAUUGUCUGUUAAUGGUUACUGUUCAUCUUACAGUUUCUCGUCUUCAUGUUUUUGUGUGCAAAAUGUACUCGCUCAGCCGCCAGACAUACAUAUUCCGAUCUAAAAGUGAUAACCUUAAACUGCUGUAGUGCUUAAGAGGUAGCAAUCAUGGGAUUCUGGGAACAAUCGUUGUUACUCCAAUGAGCUCGGAACUGUUUCUCCGCUGAUCUUUUAUAGUUUCUCAUCUGUUUAUAAACAAUUGAACAUGGCCCCUGCAUUAUUUAAGAAAAAAUCUAGUGAAGCACGUCCCAAUGACAUGGAAACCUCUGGAGCUUUGCCUAGAUCGUUGCGUACCUUGCCCUCUCCUUCAGAAGAAAAGUUCCCAAAGCUGCCCGAUUCACCUCAGGUUACUUUAGCUCAGGAACUGACUACUAAUGUAAUUUCCUCUUGUCCUAGUACACUAUCAUCUAACAACAAAACCAUUGGGCAUUUGUUCUCUUCUGCUUCUGAUCACCCUGGAAAUCUUCGUGGUUCUUUGAUGUCGCCUGAUAUAAAUCGACCAAGAAAAUUGCCUUUCAUUCCUAAGCCACUCAAUGAUGGAGUUUCUUUCUCAUCAAGCCAGCUAUCUCCUUCAGUUACUCCAGCUAGAAAAUUGGAUGGCUAUGCUGCAGAGGAUAACGAUGUCUCCUGGAAUACAGAUGGAACUGAGAAUUUUCCUGAUAUUCCCUUGAAUAUCCAUUCCCAGAAUAGUGAAGAUACCUGUACAGGUCUGACGGCAUCAGAAGAUCAUUUUAAGAGAACUGAUUGGCAGGACUGGGCAGAUCAGUUAAUCACAGUUGAUGAUGCUCUUGAUUCAAAUUUGAGUGAUCUCCUUGUCGAUGUCAAUGUUCCGGAGCUGGAUGCCAAGCUGCUGGAGUUGCCACCUGAAGUCUCAUCGUCCCAGCCACAAAUUCAUCAGCAUCAGCAUACUCCUGUGUCAAGUGCACAAAGCUGUCCUCUAGUUAGCUCUCCCUGUGCUUCACCCACAAUCAAAACACGUAUGCGUUGGACACCAGAACUUCAUGAAGCUUUUGUGGAUGCUGUGAAUAAGCUUGGUGGUAGUGAGCGUGCUACACCAAAAGGUGUCUUGAAGCUCAUGAAUGUUGAAGGCUUGACUAUCUAUCAUGUAAAGAGCCAUUUGCAGAAAUAUAGAACUGCGAGGUACAAGCCGGAGUCGUCAGAAGGAACCUCAGAGAAGAAGUCUAAAACUGUGUCUGAGAUUACAUCCCUGGACUUGAAGACACUUUUUGACGACAGGAAGAUGGAUAUAACCGAAGCACUCAGAUUGCAGAUGGAAGUCCAAAAGCAGCUCCAUGAACAACUUGAGAUUCAAAGAAACCUGCAGUUGCGGAUCGAAGAACAAGGGAAGCACCUCCAGAUAAUGUUUGAGCAGCAGAGGAAGAUGGAGGAAGAAAAGCUAAAAGCCUCAUCGGCCAACGUAGACGAGCCUUCUCAACCGCCAACCAUCGAAAAGCAGCCUUCUGUCAGUAACGUUAAAGCAGAGUCGUCAGAGCAUGAUCACGCCAGCACUCACGAAAUUCCAAACAAGGAAGAAAUGUCGUGUGAAACGACAGCCCUUGAGGAGCAUGAGUUGGACGAUAGUGAAUCCAGUCCACCGUCCAAACGAGCCAGGGCCGACGAAACAGGGAGCUCUUCGACAACUCUUGUAACAUGACAUUUUCAGAUAUUGUGAUGGACGGAAUAUUUUCUUGUCUAGAAGCGGAAUCUAUUGCCAUUUGUAUAUGUAAAAUAUCGAACCCUUCUCUGUUUUUCGUUGUAUUCGCACUCUCCGGUUGAUGUUUGAACGAUCGUUCAUUCAGAAAUUGGCUAUUGAAAAGGAUUCCCGGACAGAAUGUCAAAUGUAUGUGGGGAUAGUAGUUCAGGAAAACCUUUUGUACGAGGUUGUAAGCUUUUUAAAACAUUUAUGAUUUUUCAGAGUUCAUAAGA